ACUUAUGUAGAUAUUGAUUCAAGAGUUCGUCCAUUGGCAAUGAUGAUAAAACAUUGGGCACGACAAAGAGUUUUGAAUGAUGCUGCUCACAAUAUUAAUCUAAUAGCCAAAGGUGGUACUCUGUCUACAUAUACUUGGACGUGCAUGAUUUUGAAUUUCCUACAAAUGCGUGAUCCACCAAUAUUACCUGUGCUUCAUAAAAUCCCUCACGAGCCUAAUAUAGUUCAUGGGGUUGAUGUGUCAUUUUACGAAGAUAUCGAAAAACUGGAAGGAUUUGGCAAUAGUAAUAAGAAUAAUGAAUCGGUUGGUGAAGAACCUUUCAACACUUCAAGGAAUCUUGGUAACAGUGCCGAUGACGUCAGUGUUAAUGGACUAAAAGAAGAAUUCCGCAGAGCUGUCAAAAUCCUUUAUGAAAAAGAAGGCAAAGAAAAUGGUAGAAUAGUGAGUGAUAAUAAUGAUUUUCGAGAAAAGGAUGAGUCUUCUAAGAAUGAUGAUGAAAGCUCAUAUCAGAGACCAAUCAACUCAAAAUAUUAUCCGAAUUCGAAGAAUGGUAAUAUAUUCGUACCGCCUCAUAACUAUGACCAUUACAAUCAAAAUUUUAUCACUGAUUCGAAACAAGAUUCUGUGUCCGAUGUUAAUUGGCGCUCCAAUUAUAAAAUUUAUCCAUCUGAAGCGAUUCAGAUAUCGAAUUCUUCUGAGAACAGAAGACAAUCUUCAGAAUUGAGUGAAUCAUCUAUUAAUACACAAAAAUCUGGUGACGAUUCAAAUAGGAUACCGACCUACGCAUCAGCACAUAAGCCUACAAUGCCAUUGAACAAUAAGCUUAUCUGUGCAUCAAGUCAAAAGCAUAUCGGCCAACCUAAUCAGAAAUCUUUUAAUAUACAGAGUAAAUCUAUGGUCGGGACAAACCGGAAUUCUGACCAUGAAUCAGGAAAAAAGUUUUCACAUGUUCCAGAUCACAAACCCGUUAGAGAGAUGAAAUCAAAUUUCAAUCACUUGUCUAACGUAAACUCAGUUCAUGAUCCUGACAAACAAUCCAGCCCAAAUCUCGGUUGUCAAACGACUCAAGCUUCGAAUAUCAGACCUGGUCAAACAUACAACAAAUCUGCAAAUUUACAUACGAAGCCAUCUUGCCAUUCAUCGAGGCCUAACGAGGAGUCUAAUUAUAAAUCUUAUGCAUACGGUGGGUGUGGUGAGAAUAAUACACUCUUUAAGAAUUAUCAAAAUUUAACACCGCCCAAAAUCAACGGAGGUCAUGUCCAGCUAACAAUGCAAAUGUUUGACAAAAAACCGAUACAUCCAGUCGCAGCCACUUAUAUACCUCCGAAUAACAUACCGAUUUACUCGUCACAACAUGCUCAGAAUCAUAACUCGCAAUCACACGAAAAUUUUCCAUUUCCAAGACGCCUGUCACAUCAAUCAUCAUCCGACGGUUCGAAUAGUCAUACUAGUGUUAAUAGUAGCAACACAAGUUAUAGUAGUAAUGGCUAUCAACAGAAUGUCAAUUCAAACAAACCUAGGGACAAUUAUUAUUCCAACAAUCAUCAGCAUAAUGGUUCAAACUUUGGCAAAAAGAAGCGACAUUAUAAUAAUAAUUCUGGUAACGUCGAUAAUUGCAAUGGGCAAAAUUUUCAAGGUCGUAAUUUAUCAAACGAGCCAAAUUCUGUUCCUACAUCUGUGAACUCAGUUAGAAGUCAAUCCGUCACCAGCACGCAUAAUGAAAGAUCCAAUGAUAGUAUGAGCUAUAAUUCUAAUGGAUUUAAAACUUAUAAUGGAGUUAACAACAACA